CCCGUAUGUUACAAUGGAGGCGUGUGUUCUGUUCAGUUUGGAUCUUGCAUCUGUCCCCCGGGCUUCAUAGGAGAGAACUGUGAAAAGGCUUGUGGCUUUAAUAUCUGGGGGCCCUAUUGCGAAGUAGGAUGCGCUUUAAAUUACCACUCAGAAAGGCCUUCAGAAAGUUGUUUUCGAGGAUUUCUGUUUUGUCCUCCUGACCCAUUCGGUUGUUCGUGUAUGUCCGGAAUUGGUGAUCUUGAUUGCACAAGAGAAUGUGACACUAAAACGACUGGCAAGUAUGGACCCGGAUGCCUUCUUGAUUGUCACUGUGACGCCACUGAGUGUCAGCCAUCAGAGGGUUGUAACAAAAACGCCACUUGUCAUACUGGUUACGCUGGCACCCGUUGUCUAGAAAAACGCUUAAAAAACGAUGUUCCAGUGAUUCGAGCAUGCCGACGAAAGGGCAAACGAUUUGCAAAAUCGGAGUCUAAAGUUUGUGGAAAAAAAUAGAUACGCAUUCACUUUACGCUCGCGAGUCACGUGAUCUUUUAUGUCGUUAGACAACAACGUGGGUUUUCUGACUGAAAUUUUCUUGUGAAGUAUUUAAGGAAACUUUGAAUGUACUGUAUGCAUAUUUGUAUUUGUACAAUUGGAUUUCUACAUUUUUGAUCGUAAACGAACCCUUACUAUUAUACAAGUUCAGGUCUCCCUCCAAUUAAAGACCACCUCCAAUUAAAGAUCACUUUUAUGUGGCCCCGUUUUAAUUCCUAUCUUAGGGCUUAAAAAUAAAAAUAUUAGUCAAUGUACAUAAUAAGAUGAUGCUUUGUGUGUGUUUAGUGUAUAAUGAAUAGCGAUAAUGUUCGUGGUGAUGUUAGUAAUAUUUUAAUUGAAUGUUGCUUUUUUCAAAUAAAUUGUUUAUUAAGAAUAAAUAACAGCAUGCAGUAACUGUACAUCCAUUCUAAACCAUUUAAUGUAUUAUUUCUUAAUUUCUCACUAAAUAGAAAAAUAUAAGGACCACUUUAGUGCUGGCCUUUAAUUAUAGGGAUUCUAUUAGGGUGUGUUUCUACUGAAAAUCGAGAUCGAACAAGAACCGCGUCCGAAGUGCAUUUUGCCUCUACAUAAAAAGGUUGCGUAUUUUGAUACCACGCCGAAUAAAGCGUGGAAACUAAUAGUAAAUAAAUAUUAAUUUGUUCAUUAUAUCACGCAAAUUCCAUUAAAAUAUGUUA